AUUUUACAACACAUUACGAAUCCCCCGACGCACCUGUUUGCACGACAAAUUUUUAACAAAAAGCAAUAUUCUCUUAAUCUCCUUGAGCACAAACGAACGUUAAGUCAGUUUACUCAACGCAUAUCGGGGUAUCAUUGUUAUAUGCGAAACCUAGGUCAAACGAUCCGUAGUUAACCUUGAUCCGCUGAAUAACGAUGAGAAGUACUGUACACUCGUUCACACCAGAGUCUCGCACUCGGUUAACCGUUAAAGCCGUGAGCAAUGCUAAAACUUGUUCUGCAGACCCAGGAGGGUCAGCAAAUAGAAGUAACUGUGAGCCCGGAUGAUACAUUUGCAGACUUACAGAGACUAUAUGAAAGUCCAGAAAAUCCUGGCCUAUUCGAACUUCUGAAGCACCUCAUUACCAAUGGGAUAGACGUGGAUGCGAGAACCAAAGUAUUUGAUUACGUUACAAACAGUAGUUCAACGGAAUGGUUGGUCGAGGAAUCACUCGACGAUAUUAGCGGUCUAGAAACAGUUGAUACUCUACAAACUAUAAUAGAAGAAACACGGAUAAAAGAAUGCUGUGUGGAGGACUGUUCCAACACCAACCUAACAGCACCGAAUAAAGUCUUCUUUCCGUUGCCAACUGAGAAAGAUAGAUUAUCUGCAUGGUUGAUGGGAAUCGGAAAACCAGAUCUUUUCAAUAUUGGAAUAGAAUCUGCCACCGAAAUUGCAGAAAAACACUAUAUUUGCGCAGAUCAUUUUGCACCUAGUCAAUUUUUAAAGGGAACGGAUCAGGUACUAAAACGACGAGCCUGCCCUUCGCUGACACAGGUUAACGUAGAGGAUCAGGCAAGUUCUCUGUCGAACCAGAAACAAGAUCCAUUGUAUUUGGAAGCUGAAACCUCGGACGAAUCACGUUUACCACGGAUUAUGGAAAGUAAUAAGGAUCUCAGUAUCACAAACGUGUUUGAUAGUGCAAUACUAGAUGAGCUUGACAUUUUUAAUGGCGUAACUCAUCCAGGUCGAUUAUGCCGACUAUGUGGCGAGCAUACCCUAGACCCUGUUUAUCUCUUCUCGCCAAAUGAUCGUAGCAGCAACAAAUGCACGGUGGCUGAUAAAAUAAAUUUAUGUCUACCAAUUACGGUAACCGCUAAAGAUCCUCUACCAAAACAAGUAUGCGCACAGUGUUCGGAGAAACUUGACACAUGUUACAAACUUGCGACAACUUGUCUCGAAACGGAAGACAAAUUGAAAUCGAUGUUUGAAAUGAAAAAAUUCCAUGUAAAUGCGGUAGAGGACAAAAGAUGUCCAUUAUGCAUUUCUGGGAAUAUGCAAAUUGUAACUAAAAGUGGAAUUUACCGCAAAGAUAAGGCUGACAGCCUUCCAGAGAUUUUGAAAAAUUCCAGUGCCCGCACUAGACAAGUGUCACCCUCUAAAAACAACAAUACUAAAACGGAAAAUUUGAGUUCUUUUGAUAAAGAACCUCUUCGGGAUUUCUACAAUGAUAUUCCUACGUCGACAACACAAUUAGAAAACUCGUUCAAGAAUGAAAAUGUUCCACUAAGAUCGCCGUCGUAUUUAUCAGAAGGUGAAUUACUGUGCUCAAUUUGUACCCAAAAAGAAGACAACGUUGAACAAUUGACUGAGCAUGCAAAGCAGCAUAAUGGGUACCCAUGCACGAUUUGUGCAGAUGUUGACUUUAAAACUGUAAAUGAACAGCAACUACACUUUCUUAAACACGGGGUUAACCGCGGGUAUUGCGUAAUAUGCUCUCUGGAAUGGACGAAUGCCACGGAUGCUGCAGAGCAUCUCAAACUUUGCAAACCCGAAUUUUGGAGCGUUGAAUGUGCACGAUGCGGGGAAAAAUUUCCCCAUGUUGAAGCAAGAAACAAGCACACUUGCCAAAUGUUGAUAACCGAAAUGGAAGGGUUCAAAUGUGACCUAUGUGGGAAAAAGUGUAUGCAAAAAAUUAAUCUAAACACACACAUGAGGUCACACGAAAAGAGAGAAACGGUUUACUACAAGUGUUCGUUUUGUAACAAACAAUUUACACGAAAAGGAAGUCUCCACAAGCAUGUUUCGACGUUGCACAGUGUAGUCGAGUCUGCCACAAGUCCUAAAUGCUACAAAUGCCGAAAGUGCGACGAGGCUUUUGUAACCUCGGCAAGCGCCGAAUCUCACAUAACAGAGAAACACUUUAGUCAAUUAAUGAUAGCAGAUGUGGGCUUUACAAGCGAUCAAUUCACCGCGGAUGAAAUUAACCUGUCCCGAGUGUACAUUUGUGAAUACUGUGAGCGUUGUUAUACGAUCCCUAGUUCGUUACACGACCAUAGGCAGAAUGAACACUACGAAAAUUCCGACUAUCAAUGCAACAUUUGUAAUAGUUCGUUCGAGUCCUACAAAUCGUUAUCGCGGCACAAAACGUUACACGUUAAAGAAAAUGACUUGGAAGACUUAGGCAUCAAGCAAUAUUAUCUCUGUAACUAUUGCAACAAGACAUUUUUACAUUAUGGUACUCUGAUGAUUCACACGUCGCAACAUCAACAGCCGUUACCGUAUCUAUGUAGGCUUUGCAACUUCCAAUGUGCGACUUACAAAGAGGUGGCUGAACAUAGGAAAAAUACGCAUCCGUAUCAGUCGGUUUUGCACGAACGACCCAAUAAUUUAUAUCACUGUCAGUACUGCGAAAAGUGCUUCAGCCAUGAAGUAGCACUAAUCAAACAUAUCAGGAUGCAUACCGGUGAGAGACCUUACAAAUGUUCAAUAUGCGGAAAAGGGUUCUCUCAAACAUCAGGCUUGUACACACAUCUGAAAGUUCAUUCUAACCUGCGACCGUACACCUGUCCACAGUGUCCACGGACGUUCAAAAUCAAAGGCGACAGGGAUAAUCAUGUAAAAAAACAUUCGGGGAAUCGUCCUUACAAAUGUGAUUUUUGCGAAAAGGCAUUCAUGACGCAACACGUCUAUAGCCAACAUCGUAAAAUACAUACGAACGAAAGACCUUACAAGUGCGAUGUUUGCGGUGAGGCUUUUAGAAGGUCGCAUGUACUUACAGUCCACAUGAGACGACAUACUGGUGCAAAACCGCACACCUGCGACAUGUGUAGUAAGGCUUACAGGCAGCGCGGCGAUUUGUUGAAACAUAAAAAAAUCCAGCACGGCGUAACCGCCAUCAAUUCAAGUGGCACAGUGCCUAAUUCUAGCACCAUUCUUCCGUCUUCUAGUGAUAUUUCGACUAGCACUGAAUCGACAACCAUUUUUCUACCCAUUUGACUAGCUGCGAGAAGUGUAUGACAGUGUAUGUGCCCAUUCUACCGAAAUAGAAUUUUAAGGUAUAAUUCUCCCUAAAUCCUGUUGUAUUUAUAGUAUUGAAUCUGCAUUUGAAUAUCGAAAUAGGGAGUGCUUUCUACUAAAUUGAGAGUUGCCUUUAACUUACUCGAUAUAAUGUAAAGUCGGGAUUUCUCAAUCUUUAGAUUUCCUUUACACCAUCAUAAAUCAAAUAACUAUGUUAUAUGCCGCGUAAAUACAUCAACAGUAUUCUGAAUAAAAUACACUUUUAUUAUGUGAUUGAUUAAAAAACAAUUCCUGCAGUUUCAUGACAAACAGAAUCAACUGAAAGAACACAAUGAAGACACUUGAUUCUCAUUUCUUGGAUAGUUGAAAAAGCAUAAUGUAGUUAGACAAAUAUUCCAAGAUACUUGAUUUAUUUGUUACACAUGAUGUACAUUAUUUUCUCUUGAAAUAAACAGAUAAUGACAUUA